ACCAAACUAAGCUGAGUUCUUUAGACCUCACUAUAUGUAGACCAAACCGAGAAACUUCUAAACUUUUCACAGCUAAUACUUCUAAAUGCCACAGUGUUGAUACAAUAGAAAAGUAUUUGGAAUAUACCUUCGAUAAGGACAUAAGGCAGCAUUUCCGUUUUAGUUAAAAACUAAAUCAUCUGAAGUGGAACACAGUCAGACUUGAAUAAAUUUACCAUUGCUCUUUUAUAUAUAAUGUAUUUAAAUUAAUUUUAUAAAAUUAUAAGUCCCCAGUAAAAAAAAUUUUUGAAAACCCUUACAAAAGAUUUUUAAAAUAAAUUAUUUUUAAUAAGUUUAAAGUCAAUGUACACCGCGUUAGUUAUCCGAAAAUAGCGAUUACAGUCAGACCACUUAGAGAUUAAAGACGACCGAUGAUUAUCAUUAUCUGGCCAAGUGAUAGAUGACCAGAGCCCUUCACGCCUGCCAAAACCACAAAGAGCACACAUUUACAUGCACACAUAUAUAUCUGUUUUCCUAAACUCACACUCGACAAAACUUGAACACACGACUCGGGCUUUCAGAGCGAUAAAAUGCAGUGUCAACUGAAGUGCUUGAUUAGGCGAUUUGCGAGCGAUUCACCAGCGAUUUCGAACGCCUGCAAUUAGAAACGGCGGCGCAAUGCAAAAUAAGUGUGGACAGGGGCGUUGGUUCCAGGGGGGAGGGAGAGAAGGGGGUUUUUGCAAGCGGUCUGUCAUCCGCAAGCAUUGCGGGGUGGUGCUUGAAAAAUGAUUUACACGCGUAAAUCAUAAAUUAUGCCCAUUUCAAGUGGCCCGUUACGCCGGAGAAUCCAUGACAAAUGCAGAUGACGCCCAUGCAGUCGAUGACGAUUGCGAAGUGAUGGCGAUUGCGAUGGUUAUUGUGAUUGCGAUAGUGAGUUUGAUUGAGAUUUUGAUUGGGAUGAUGCUAGUGCCCACUGACGGCGAUUGUUGUGAAGAUGACUUGCCUCUGACUCUGACCCGACCCCAUUGUCCGCUGGCUGCGGUGCGGUUUCCCUCCGCAUCUUAUCAGUCAGGCCGUCAGCCAUCGACGUCAUUCAACUCUACCCCAUCCAGUCGAAUCCCCAGCACUCCAGUUCAAUUUCGAAUUUCACACUUUCAAUCACAAUCACCACCUGGCCUGAUUGAAAGCGGCGACACUUUCAAUGCUAAUUAGCUGCGACUUCGUUUGCCCACAGCCAAAAGCCAUUUCAGUUCGCAUCGGUCUUCGCUGGGCACCGCACCGUGAAACCCUCCGGGUCUUCAGAAAGUAUAAGCAACACCACCUAUUGACACCUGGAUAUAGUUUCCGAGUGCCCAUGCAGAACGUCGUGAUUGUCGUACGAUUAUCGCACCAUUCCCACGUCCGGUUGUCCAGCCUAAUUAAAAAAAUUGCGUUUUUUGCGCACUGAUAAACGCGGUGGCAACGCAAAAACCAAGUCUAGAUAAAAUCCGGGAAACAUCGUUUUGGCCAGCACCAUGCAAAAAAGUGAUCUCUGUGCGAUGAUCGUGAUAUCCUUGGCGUUGUCCUUUCGAACAGUGUAUAUACUUUGUAUGAUCGAAGAAAAAAGUGUGAAGGCAAGAAUACAAGCAUAAAGACUAAAGACUAAAGCUAAAAAGUGCAAAACAAUAGACAAGUAAAAGACCAUACCAUGGCCAUAGAGUCACGCUCUACGAGCACUGCAAGUGAUACCACAAAACCCUCAACCAAAUCAACAACAACAACAGCAAAAACAACAACAACAAAUCAAAAAUCUCCAGUAACAUUCAUCAAUCUCAGCGACAAGAAACGCGCCGAACAGCUGUUCCGUUGCGCUUGCGCAAACUUCAAUCUGCUGCUGCUGACUUUAAUCCUCGGAUUUGGCAAAUGCUGCACUGCCACGCCCACUCCGCUGAGUCCCCCUACGUCGGCAGCAUCGACAGCCACAUCUGCAGUUAGCCCACAUAAUCCACCGGCGAUCGACGAGGGCGGAUCGCUGAGCAAACUGCUCGAUGGCAAGUCCUUCAUCAACAUGGGCUUCAAGUUUCUGAACGUUUCCGGAAAGAUUGGCACACCCCUCGGCAUAGGGCAAUCGCUGGAGGCCAAGUGCGAUGACAAGCAGUUCCAGUGUCGCAGUGGCGACUGCAUUCCCAUUCGAUUCGUUUGCGAUGGCGAUGCGGACUGCAAGGAUCACAGCGACGAGCAGAUUAAGGAGUGUAAAUUUAUAGAGGCUACUUGCUCGUCGGACCAAUUCCGCUGCGGGAAUGGCAAUUGCAUCCCGAACAAAUGGCGCUGCGAUCAGGAGAGCGAUUGUGCCGACGGUUCGGACGAGGCCAACGAAUUGUGCAUGAACGCCUGUCCCAACAACGAGUUCAAAUGCCACACGGUCGACCAGUGCAUUCCACGCAGUUGGCUCUGCGAUGGCAGCAACGAUUGCCGCGACAAAUCCGACGAGGCGCACUGCAGAGCCCGCACCUGUUCGCCGGAUGAAUACGCCUGCAAAAGCGGCGAGGGGCAGUGCGUUCCUUUGGCCUGGAUGUGCGACCAGAGCAAGGACUGCAGCGAUGGCUCCGACGAGCACAACUGCAACCAGACAUGCCGCGCCGACGAGUUCACCUGCGGCAACGGACGGUGCAUCCAGAAGCGGUGGAAGUGCGACCACGACGACGACUGCGGGGACGGAUCGGAUGAGAAGGACUGUCCGGUGGUGCCGUGCGACUCCGUGGCGGAGCACACCUGCACCAACGGAGCCUGCAUCGCGAAGCGGUGGCUCUGCGACGGCGAUCCGGACUGCUCCGACGGCUCCGACGAGCGGUCUUGCGCCAACGUGACCAAGACGACCACGCCCUGCUUGCCACACGAGUACCAGUGCAAGGACCGCAUCACCUGCCUGCACCACAGCUGGCUCUGCGAUGGUGACCGCGACUGUCCCGACGGCGACGACGAGCACACGGCGAACUGCAAGAACGUGACCUGCCGGGCGGACCAGUUCCAGUGCGGCGAUCGCAGCUGCAUCCCCGGCCACCUCACCUGCAACGGGGACAAGGACUGCGCCGAUGGCAGUGACGAGCGGGAUUGUGGCUUGAGUCUCAGCCUCGGCGUUUCCCAGGGAACCUGCAACACCACCAGCGAGUUCGACUGCGGCGGAGGUCAGUGCAUUCCGCUCUCGAAAGUCUGCGAUAAGCGGAAGGAUUGCCCGGAUGGCGAGGACGAACCCGCUGGCAAGUGUGGCGUGAACGAGUGCGCCUCCAAGAACGGCGGUUGCAUGCACCAGUGCGUCGACUUGAAGGUGGGGCACCACUGCGAGUGCCACGAGGGCUACAAGUUGUCCGCCGACAAGCGCAACUGCCAGGAUGUCAACGAGUGCGAGAUUCCCGGCAAGUGCUCACAGAUUUGUGUCAAUGAAAUUGGUGGCUUUAAGUGCGAGUGCGAGGCGGGUUACAUGAGGGAUCCCAGGAACCACACGAGGUGCAAGGCCAGCGAAGGACACGCCUCUUUGCUCUUGGCCAGACGCCACGACAUCCGGAAAAUAGCCCUCGACCACAUGGAAAUGACCUCUAUAGUGAAUAGUACAAAGGCAGCCACCGCUUUGGAUUUCGUAUUCCGCACUGGGAUGAUCUUCUGGAGCGAUGUGACCACGCAGAGCAUCUACAAAGCUCCCAUUGAUGAGGGCAAUGAAAAGACAGUGGUCCUGAAAAAAUCAUCGGUGACCUCGGAUGGCCUGGCUGUGGACUGGAUCUACAACCACGUCUACUACACGGACACCCACAAGUGCACCAUCGAGCUGACCAACUUCGAGGGCAGCAUGGGAAAGGUCCUGGUGAAGGAUUCGCUGGACAUUCCGCGUUCCAUUGCCCUGGAUCCCAUCGAGGGCUGGAUGUACUGGUCGGAUUGGGGAGCAUCUCCCAAGAUCGAGAGGGCGGGCAUGGAUGGAUCCCACCGAACUACGAUCAUCAGCUACGACGUCAAGUGGCCCAAUGGCAUCACUCUGGAUCUGGUGACGAAACGCAUCUACUGGGUGGACGGCAAGCUGAACGUCAUCUCCUCGGCCAACUACGAUGGUUCGCAAAGGAGGCAGGUUCUCUAUUCCGGGGAAUACCUGAGGCAUCCCUUCUCAAUCACCACCUUCGAGGAUUAUGUUUACUGGACAGAUUGGGACAAACAAGCCGUCUUCAAGGCGAAUAAGUUCACAGGGGAAGAUGUGGAGCCAGUCACUGCAGUGCAUAUGCUCCAGCAUCCGAUGGUGGUGCACGUAUACCACCCGUACCGCCAGCCCGAUGGCGUCAACCACUGCCAGUCGGUUAAUGGCCACUGCUCUCAUCUCUGCCUGCCAGCGCCCAGGAUUAACGAGCGGAGUCCUCGAAUAUCCUGCGCCUGUCCCACGGGCCUCAAACUGAUGGCUGACGGCCUCAUGUGCGUCGAAGAUCCUCUUUACGUAGCCCCCAGCACAAAGCCCCCGCGAGCCAGAAAAACGAAACCGAAAACCAAAACCCCACUGAGACGAUUGCCCACGGGUGUCCAAGUGGGAUAUGCUGAUGUUCGGAUCCGGGUGAACGAGGAUCUCCAGUUGAGCACGAGGCUGCCCUUGUUGCCAGCGAAUUUCGUUGCCGACCAGCGUCCAGUGAAAAACCAGACUCAAAUCGAAAAGACCACAACGCCCAGCGAGCAGCCGGAUUCCGGCUUCAUUGCGCUGGUGGUUAUAGCCAGUCUCAGUGGCUUCGCAGUCCUGCUAUCGGUGCUCCUGCUCAUCGGCUACCGCUACUGCAGCAAGCGACGCAUCAACUCGAUGAACUUCGAGAAUCCCAUCUACCGGAAGACCACAACCACAGAGGAUCAUUUCAGUCUGCGCAAAAACCUGCCAUCACGGAUCUACGACCACACCAGUGUCAUGGAUGAGGAGUACUCACCCGUCAUAGGCAUAUCCUCGUAUUAGAUUGGUGGAAUCGUGUUGAAUGUGGAUUAGAUGAUUAUUUUGCUUGGUCGCCGGAUAACUUUGAUGACCGAAGCUAACUCGAGACCCGCGGCAGAAAAACACGCGCCUGAAGACUGAGCAACUCUGUGUAUUGUGUAAAUUAAUUAUUUUAAAAAUUAUAAGGCACGGCAAGGACGGCGGGUCACCUUGGGGCGCAUCCUUAAAGGAUGCUGUACAAAAUACUAUGUCGCAGAGUUCUAUCACAAACAAACAAACAAACAAAAAACAAAAAAAACAGUGUAGCGAAAAACGUAAAACAAAACGAGAAGUUUAAGAGAAAUCUAAUUGCUAAUUAUAAAUUACAUAGUUCCAAACUGUAUAUAGCUGUAAGUGUGCAUUAUUUUUAAAUGAAGCAAAUUCAUAUUAUUAUACGUAAACAUGACAUGAAUGAUCAUAAUGCUUAUGGUCUACUAUUAGAGCGAGUUGAGAAAUUAUAUUUCUGUUGUCGAGGAGCAGAAUCGUUUUAUUACCAUUAUUACUACAUACGUAUUAGCCUUUUGUUAACUGUAUUUGUUAAGUGUACAUACAAAUGUAUAUGUUUCCCCACUAAAAGAAAUAUAAUGAAUAAUAAACUCAGAACAUACUUAUGUCUAGCAUA